AAGAACUUCCGGCCCAUUAAGCUCCCUUCUAAUAUAAGCCGUAGUUUGUCGUCAAUCGGAGGGAAGGUGUCAAAUGACGAUAUCUUCGUCUUCUCCGACGACGAUUUCCGGUUCAACUUCUGCUAACCCUAGCCACGACCACAUCAAAGAGAUUAAGAGGCAUGAAGUUGCUAUAGCUGAGCUCAACAGUCUUCAUUCUUCUAGGGCUGUCUACCACAAACAGGGAAACAUAUUUUUUCGAUCCACUGUUCAAAAAGCUACAACAUUUGAACAAAGACAACUAGAUGCUCUGCAAAAACUAAGUUCAAAAACCUAGCUUCUUCAUCAUCAUCAUAUGAUCAUGACAAAUACUUCUUACUCACUGAAAUUUUCUGCUUUAUUUGUUACUUUCUUUAUCAGUGAACAGGUGGUUUUAUGGAUUGUCAAUGUAAUUUAACUUCAGUGUGUUUUUUGUAUGAAGAAGAUCAUGGAUUCAAUGCGUU